GGGCUCUCCCUCCCCCCCCACUGUCCGAAUCGAGUUCCCGGCGCAGUCUCAUUUAUUAUUUUUCUUCUUCCAUUAAUUCGAUUCGUUCGCUCGAACUGGCUCGACACUCUUACACUUAGGUUACCGAUAAUAAUGUAAACAAAUAUUAGUAUUGCUGAUUUUAAUAACAAAUCGUCGCAGUCACGCGUGCUCUUGAAGAGGGGUGGGGGGGGGGACCGCGACGUCACGUCCGCUCGAAGCGGUGACUUUGCGCCUGGGCCACAAUGUUGCAGUUCGUGGUGGGGUUCGCCUUUGGAAAUCUUGUGGGAAUGUACCUUGCCCAGAAUUAUGAGGUGCCUGAUGUGGCGAAAAAGGUGGACGAGUGGAGAAAGUCCUACGAGCCCAAGAAGAAGAACGGUGGCGACGGCAAGCAAUAGCCCUUGCUGCAGACUCGCGUUGUGCUGUGGAUUUGCUGUUAAUGCCACCACUUGAAGUGGAACUGUACCUGUAAUCAAAUCGGAGGCACUGCCAGGCCAAGAUAUUAUCCACACACGGUGGCAUCCACUCAACGAGCGCAAAAUAUUGCUUGUCCAAAAAAAAUGUCCAAAAUAUUUGUUUGGAUGUCGCGGUACGCAAGCCAUGCUGACUGUAUACAUUUCCGCUUUGAAACGUAAUGCUUAAUUGGAUUUAAACCGGAAGGUGACUGGGAAAGGGUGCACAGCUGGGUGAUAUUUUUUGUUUCUGAACACAUGUUUUACCGCUGAACUUUGGGCUUGUGUCGCGAAAGCCAAUGCCUGCCAUUUUUGUGGUAAACCGUUGCAAGAUUAGAAUGCAUUAUGCGCCAUUUUGGCAAAUGGGUAAUACAAAUAGACCCCUGUUGAUGUCUUCACAUAUAAACAAUAUUUUUUUGCCCAUCAGUCUCUAGGCUUUCUGGACCAAUAUUUCUGGAUUUAGUUGUUCCCUUAAGGCUGGCGAUUUAUGUCAUGCUUAAGCAUGAACUAAUCAUAUUGUAAUGAAAUAAAAUUUCUGAUAGUCAAAGUGCAUUCGAGUGAACACUUUUGUUUAUCACGUUCUUAAGGCUGUUAACUACAAUUGUUUGCAAUUCGCCAAGUAGCUUUUGCGAAGGGUGUCGGUAAUUUAAGGAAAAAAGCACAAUCAUUACAAGUGACUAUAACAAUUGCAUUGGUUAUGAAAUAUAAUUUCUUCCUAUCUUGGGAAUUGAUGAUCCAAGCUCAGGAACUCGUGACCUCAUAUGAAGUGCCUCUACAUUGAUGGCCAUACUUAAAUAAUUGCUUUCUUUGUUACUGUGUAAAUUGUUUAAAUCUAGACUCUAAUUGAGUAAAUGAAUUAUUGUAAAAUGUGUUCAUUGUAUCGCGAGUUGUAAAAACGUGGCAAAGCAGUGAGGUUCAAAGAAUACAAAGGGUUCAACUAUUUUCCAGCAGGUCACAAUAACAUACGUGCUGGUGUGCCGUAUGACUUUGUGACAUACGAUGUUACGUAGCUUAGUGAUGGGCCACUAGUCUUCAUGCACCUCUUGUCUCCACAUCUUUCUCUCGUGCGUCUUGCUUUCAACUCGCUAAUCUGUCUCGAUUUAUCUGUCAGCGGGCCACUCCCAAGAGCCUUCCGAGCCACAUUUGGCCCGUGGGCUGUCGGUUAGUUAAAGAACACUGACAAAGAGUGCCAUGUCCGUGGAGCAAACGAAAGUACCAGUUCAAUAAAAAAAGGCACCAAAAUUCAUACGCGAGCUGUAUUUAAAAAAAAAUGCUUCCAGUGUGUACAUGCAAUACAAAAUCGAUUUACAAAAUUAAAGCUAUGAAAUAAAAA